AUGUACAUCAACAUCUCUCUUGAACUUCACACAACUUACGCAGCUCAGCUCAACAUCCUUCGGACUGAACAGUCAGUAUACCCCCACGUUUCGUACCAGAUCACCGAUCUAACACCCAUCAUGGUUAAGCUCCCCAAAAACCCUCCAGCCCCAAAGUCUCCCGGGCCUAUUCCGGCGCUGCGUCAGGCCGAAGACAAGCCAAACAAGCUGUAG